AUGACCCUUUCAAAUAUCAUGACACAAAACUUAUACCGUGCUAGUUACAUCGUGCUCUAUAUUUGGAUUCAAAAUGCGGACACAAAAGGAGCAAUUUACUUAACAGCCAAAAAUGGAACAUUUCCAAUAUUGCUGAAGUCUUUCAAGUCUCAUGAUAUCUCUACAACGAGAGGCACUUCAAAUCUUUUAUCUGUAACCGCUAAAAAUCUGUCAAGAGACCAUACGGAUGACUACUGGAAUGAAAGCUCCGACGCGUUGUUUUCUAACUUCGUUAACGAUACGUACAGCGAAAGUGAAUCAAACGUAUGGAAAUCUAAGCGAAGCAUUAAUGACGCCGUAUCGAAAAACAUUACACUAGUCUUAGAAAAUCUAUUAAAAAAUUACGAAAAUUCUCAACUACCAACACAUGGAAAAGGUUAUCCAACAGUUGUACAAACCAAUAUACUUAUAAGAAGCAUGGGUCCCGUUUCUGAACUAGAUAUGGAUUAUUCAAUGGAUUGCUACUUCAGACAGUAUUGGAGAGACACACGUUUAUCUUUCCUGGGCCCAAUUCGUUCUUUAUCUCUGUCUAUAAAAAUGCUAGAAAGAAUAUGGCGACCGGACACCUACUUUUACAACGGAAAACAUUCCUACGUCCACACAAUUACCGUGCCUAAUAAGUUGUUGAGAAUAAGUCAACAUGGUGAUAUUCUUUACUCCAUGAGAUUAACGAUUAAAGCAAAAUGUCCUAUGGAGCUUCGCAAUUUCCCAAUGGACCGCCAAUCGUGCCCUCUCAUCCUCGGCAGCUACGCGUACUCCAACCAGCAGUUGGUAUAUCAGUGGCAGAACUCGCAGAGCGUCAAUUUCGUGCCUGGCAUGACUCUGUCCCAAUUCGACCUUAUAAGCUUUCCUUAUAGAAACUUCACAUUCACCAGGAGAGAAGGGGACUUCUCGGUACUCCAAGUGUCGUUCAAUCUUCAGCGACACACAGGAUACUUCCUCAUCCAAGUGUACGUGCCUUGCAUUCUGAUUGUUGUUCUCUCUUGGGUUUCCUUUUGGAUACAUCGAGAGGCAACGUCAGACCGAGUCGGUCUUGGAAUUACAACAGUUUUAACGCUAUCCACUAUAAGCCUGGACUCGCGUACAGAUCUGCCUAAAGUCCGAUACGCAACCGCUCUGGAUUGGUUCCUGUUGAUGAGUUUCUUCUACUGUAUCGCUACUUUACUCGAAUUUGCUGGAGUUCAUUACUUCACUAAGGUUGGAUCGGGUGAAAUUGUAAUUGACGAUUCUGAAUGGGAAGACUUGAUUGAAGAAGUCGGUGGGGACGCGUUUGCAGCUCGACAGCUGGCCGUCCGUAGACGCAGCUCUGCCAGAUCUGAACAUAACUUUAGUUUCUCAACCGCGCCCGAGGACCAAGAACACUCAGACGCACAGUCCCAACCGGAGCAAGUGUCCGUCCGGCUGACGAUGGAGCGCACGACGCAGACCGAGGUGCGAGUGCCGCGCUGGCGACAGCUGCUGUACUGUCUCGCCGGGGAUGACCAGUAUAGGCGACAACGACAGAGGGAAGCUGGUAAUCGUGGGCACAUCAACAGCGUAUCUCAUAUCGAUAAAGCCGCUCGCAUCCUGUUCCCGGCGUCCUUCGCGUUGCUCAACCUAUUCUACUGGAUGGUAUACGCGUUCUCCAAUGACGCCUUUGCAUGGAGCGACAAUCCCAUUAAUACACUUUCUCAU